GUGUGACGGGAAGCAGACGUGUGAGGUGAACAUGAGAGUGAAUCAAAUCUCGGACCCUUGUGUCGGAACCUACAAAUAUCUGGACGUCACCUACAUCUGCCUUCCUGCUAAGACCAGUAUCACCUGCGAGGGCUCAACCAGCUCCCUGGACUGUGGUAAGGGUGUGAUAAAGGUGUUUCAUGCUAACUACGGCCGUAGAGACGGCUCUACCUGUUCUGCUGGACGACACGAGCUCAGCAACCAGAACUGUCUGCAACCCAAAACCCUGGACGUUGUCAAACAAUGGUGUGAGGGAAAGAGUCAGUGCACUGUGGGGCUUGAUCCGGUCUUCGGGGACCCCUGCUUUGGAACCUACAAAUACCUGGAGGUUUCCUACACCUGUCUGAGAGGCUCCCCUACAGUGUAAUGAUGGCCUGGCUCGGCUGCUGCCACUUCCUGUCCGCCUCCAUCGAAGAACUUCGACUGGAUGCCUGAUAAAUCAAUUAAUAAACCAAUCAAUAAAUCAAUAAAUCAAUGUGCAAACUAGUGACUGAAGGUUAAUGUGUAGCCAGCUCAUUUUCAGACCAGUGUUUUUAGAGAACACAACCC